GACAGACUGCGGGGCGCCUGGAAACCGGUCGGAGGGCGCGCUAGGGAAAGGAGAGGGAGCGAGUUGAGGGAUUGACACAAAUGGUCAGGCGGCGGCGGCGGAGAAGGAGGUGGAGGCGCUGGGGGGAGUCAGGGCCGCUGGGUUGCGGAGAGUUGCGCGCUCAACGGGGCCGCGGCCACUAACGUGGCGCCGCCAGCCGGGAGCUAGCGAGCCAAGGGCCAGGAAGGCGGGACGCGACCCCGGCGCGCCCGUGCCACCCGGGCUCUCCCGGCGGCCCGCGCUUCAUGAACCGCAAGUUUCCGCGGCGGCGGCGACGGCUGCGGGACGCAGAGAAGCAGCCCCGGGAGCGGGCCGAUCGCGGCUCGGGCUCGACGGAGGGCACCGGCGAGAAGAUCUCCUUGGUCGCGGGAGUAACCACCGCUGGCCGUGCCACUGCCAGUCCCUGCCAAGCGGCGCCAAGAAAGGAACCGAGAAAGUAUGGCUGAGGAGGAGGCGCCUAAGAAGUCCCCGGCCGCCGGCGGCAGCGCGAGCUGGGAACUUUGUGCCGGGGCGCUCCCGGCCCGGCCGGCGGAGGAGGGGAGUGGGAUUGCGGGCAGCCACCGCCGUCCUCUAGCUGGCCCCGGGCGCUUGGUGCGCCGGCUGUUACUGCUGCUUUGGUUGCUGGAGGCUCCGCUGCUGCUGGGGGUCCGAGCGCAGGCGGCGGGCCAGGGGACGGGCCAGGGGCCCGGGCCCGGGCAGCAACCCCCGCCGCCUCCGCCUCCGCCUCAGCAGCAGCAGAGCGGACAGCAGUACAACGGCGAGCGGGGUAUCUCCAUCCCGGACCAUGGCUACUGCCAGCCUAUCUCCAUCCCGCUGUGCACGGACAUCGCAUACAACCAGACCAUCAUGCCCAACCUUCUGGGCCACACGAACCAGGAGGACGCGGGCCUCGAGGUGCACCAGUUCUACCCACUGGUGAAGGUGCAGUGUUCCGCCGAGCUCAAGUUCUUUCUGUGCUCCAUGUAUGCGCCUGUGUGCACAGUGCUGGAGCAAGCGCUGCCGCCCUGCCGCUCCCUGUGCGAGCGCGCGCGCCAGGGCUGUGAAGCGCUCAUGAACAAGUUCGGCUUCCAGUGGCCAGACACGCUCAAGUGUGAGAAGUUCCCGGUGCACGGCGCAGGGGAGUUGUGCGUGGGCCAAAACACGUCGGACAAAGGUACCCCGACGCCCUCGCUACUGCCAGAGUUCUGGACCAGCAACCCCCAGCACGGCGGCGGAGGGCAUCGCGGCGGCUUCCCGGGAGGCGCCGGCUCGUCCGAGCGAGGCAAAUUCUCUUGCCCGCGCGCCCUCAAGGUGCCCUCCUACCUCAACUACCACUUUCUGGGGGAGAAGGACUGCGGCGCGCCCUGUGAGCCGACCAAAGUGUAUGGGCUCAUGUACUUUGGGCCCGAGGAGCUGCGCUUCUCGCGCACCUGGAUCGGCAUCUGGUCGGUGCUGUGCUGUGCUUCCACUCUCUUCACGGUGCUCACGUACCUGGUGGACAUGAGGCGCUUCAGCUAUCCUGAACGGCCCAUCAUCUUCCUGUCCGGCUGUUACACCGCGGUUGCGGUGGCCUACAUCGCCGGUUUCCUGCUGGAGGACCGGGUGGUGUGUAACGACAAGUUCGCUGAGGAUGGGGCUCGAACGGUGGCGCAGGGCACCAAGAAGGAGGGCUGCACUAUCCUCUUCAUGAUGCUCUACUUCUUCAGCAUGGCCAGCUCCAUCUGGUGGGUGAUCCUGUCCCUCACCUGGUUCCUCGCGGCCGGCAUGAAGUGGGGCCACGAGGCCAUCGAGGCCAAUUCGCAGUAUUUUCACCUGGCUGCCUGGGCUGUGCCAGCCAUCAAAACCAUCACCAUCCUGGCGCUGGGCCAGGUGGACGGCGAUGUGCUGAGCGGAGUGUGCUUUGUGGGGCUCAACAACGUGGACGCCCUGCGUGGCUUCGUGCUGGCACCCCUCUUCGUAUACCUGUUCAUCGGCACGUCUUUCCUGCUGGCCGGCUUCGUGUCGCUCUUCCGCAUCCGCACCAUCAUGAAGCACGAUGGCACCAAGACCGAGAAGCUGGAGAAGCUCAUGGUGCGCAUUGGUGUGUUCAGCGUGCUGUACACUGUGCCAGCCACCAUUGUCAUCGCCUGCUACUUCUACGAGCAGGCCUUCCGGGACCAGUGGGAACGCAGCUGGGUGGCCCAGAGCUGUAAGACCUAUGCCAUCCCCUGCCCUCACCUCCAGGGAGGUGGAGGUGUCCCGCCACACCCACCCAUGAGCCCUGACUUCACAGUCUUCAUGAUCAAGUAUCUUAUGACUCUGAUCGUGGGCAUCACGUCGGGCUUCUGGAUCUGGUCAGGCAAGACACUCAACUCCUGGAGGAAGUUCUACACGAGGCUCACCAACAGCAAACAGGGGGAGACCACCGUUUGAGACCUGGGGACUCAACCUACCCCCGCAAAAGGCCGGCCCCAUGGGAUUCAUGCCUAGCCUGGUUGACUUUCGCAGCCUCCUUUUAACAACACAGCUCCUGCAAACGCUUCCGUCCCUGGGGCAAACGGACCGGAGGGCCCCACUGCCUGAGGGGCGUGGAUCGACCUCUCUUGCCCUCACACUCUGGUACCAGGACUGUAACGCUUUUAUGAUUGUAAAUAGCCUGUGUAAGAUUUUUGUAAGUAUAUUUGUAUUUAAAGACUAGCGAUCACGCGGUUUUCUUUUUAAAAAUUUUAACUGUUUAGGGCGGUUUAACCAUUUGAGGCUUUUUUUCUCUCUCCCCUUUUCCGAGGACCGCAAAGGAGGUAAAACCAGAGCACACCAGCCGAGUGUUCCUGCCCAUCCUCCUGCGCCCGCCCCUCAGUGCCGCUGGUGCACACGCCUGCUGGGGCGCCGGCGAGUUCAGCACUGCGGGGUGCGGCCGAGCUGAAAGGCUGGGGUCACUUCCCCGCGGCCUCCUUCAGCCUUUCUCUUCCUUUCCUUGCUUGGGGUGGGGCCCUUAAGGUACCAAACUCCACAAAGCUUCCAAAUCCGGAGGUGGGCCCCCGCCAGUUCCAAUUCCUCCCUUGUUCAGUGAUGGAUUGCAAAGGCACAUCCCUUUGACUCUCUGAAACUCAAUUUUUGAGAACCUUCCCUCAACUUCAUGGGAUCCCAGAAGUGUAGGGUGUAGACGCUGGCAGUCCCUGCCUCCCUCCACAGUCGCUUCCAACAUCCAGACACUCCCUCCUUCCACCUAGUUGGUUAGAGGAUGAGUAAGAUAACCAAUGCCAAACUUUUUUAAGUCUAAUUUUUGAUGGAUGAGCUCAUUUCAUUCUCUAGUGUCUAAGACCUGGUAUGGGUUUGGCCAGCGUCAUGGAAAGAUGUGGUUACUGAGAUUUGGGAAGAGGCAUGGAGCUUUGUGUGGGUUGGGAGAGACUGAAAGUGGGGUGGUGGUUACAAAAUGUUAAUUCUAAUUGCAUACUGAUGCCUGGCAACCUGCCUUUGAGAGUGAGACAGCCUGCCUUUAGAUUUUUACCCUUUGGUAAAAUGGAAACGUUGAGGUCACCUGGAAAGCUUUGUGAAGGAGUGGAUCUUUGCUUUCCUUAACAGGACAGCAGAACAUUAGCAGAAUAUGAAAACUUGAAGGAGAUUUCAGUGUAAUGGACUUCCUCAAAAUGAAGUACUAUUUUCUUAUUUUUAAUCAAAUAAUAAUUAGACUUAUAUCAGAAACUUUAAAAUGUAAAAGUUGUACACUUUCAACAUAUUAUUAUUAUUUUUCUGAGGGAGGAGCAGUCUGCACGACUAAUGAUAACCUAGUAAGAUUUCAGGAGGUAAAAGAGAAGGAAUAAUUGAGGGGCUUAUCUCCUGAAAGCAAACAAAAAUAUGGGCAUGCAUGCUAAAGGGAAACCGUGUGCAGAUCUAUUGCAUUAAAUCUUGUGUGCUCCUUUUUGGAUUUACAAAAAUGUGUCAAAUGUAAAUCUUUCAAAGCCAUUUAAAAAUAUUCACUUUAGUUCUCUGUGAAGAAGAGGAGAAAAAGCAAUCCUCUGAUUGUAUUAUUUUAAACUUUAAGAGUUUAUCAAAAUGCCGGUACUUAGGAACUAAAUUUAUCUAUGUCUGUCAUAACCUAAAAUGACAUUGCUCUUUGAAUUUGGUAUGCAUUUAUUCUGUUCACUAUCACAAAAUCAUCUAUAUUUAUAGAGGAAUAGAAGUUUAUAUAUAUAAAAUACCAUAUUUUUAAUUUCGCAAAUAAAAAAAUCAAAGUUUUGUACAAAAUUAUAUGGUUUUUGUGCCUGAAGAUUAAUAGAGAUUGAACUGUCUGAACUGUCUUUACAUUUUAUAGUUUUUCAUAACUAAUCCAACAUUAUAAAAAUUUAGGAAUACAAUGAAAAAGCAUAUCUUUAAGCCUUCAACCAGUCCUUCCAAAGAAUAACACUAUUUGCAUUAUUGUGAUUGACAUUUGUGAAGUCCCAAGAAAAGAUCUGUUUUGUUAAGAGUAGAAAUAGAAGUCUGAAAAUCACUUCUUUAUUCAAAGAAAAUUAUUAAAAGAUAAGUAAUUUUAAUAUUAAAGCUUUUUUUUUCUUUCAAGGGGUACAUUGACAUAACAUUUUAUAAUAUGGAGAUUGAUUUUUAAAUCAUCACUUUGCCGUGAAUUUUAUUUUAUCUCUUUCAUUAUCUUGGAUUUUCCAAAACCAUAAACAGGCAAUCAAUAAAGGGUUACUGACUAUAUGUUUAUAAGCAUUUUAAAACA